AGCAGACGCUUUAUUGUUUACAGUUACAUACAAGUGAAGAAGAAAAAAGACACACUUCAGAACUUCUAAAUCUGUAUCUGCGGACCAAGAAAUAUGGCACAGGGUGGAAAACAGUGUUAUCUGUUCUUUGUUGGACUACUAAUGACACUUAUCACUGUAGCAGAGCCAGUGUGUCACAAAAUCAGCCAGACACCAAGAUAUCUGGGAGUAAGGAAAGGAAGCACCAUUCUGAUACGUUGCAAUAUUGUAGACUUCCAUUCACCAAAUGAUGUCACCUGGGAAAAGCGCUUUAAUGAUUUUCAAGAAGAUAUUGUUCAAGGUGGACAAUCACAGAAAAAAAAUACAAACAAUUAUACUACAAACGGAGUCAGUUCUGUGCUUAAUAUUAAGCUGGUUGAAUAUGCUGAUAGUGGCAUUUACUACUGCAAAGUCAAAAAUAACAGUGAAUACUUACACGGAUGUGGCACAGAACUCAAAGUUAUAGGUCAUGGUACUGAAGAAGAUGCUGCCAUGAGGAAUACAUUAAAGGAUGCAGUUAUCGUGAUUCAGACAUUUCUUUUGUUCAUGUGCCUUUUAAUCCCAAUGUUACUCAUCAUGAACAAAAAUUCGAUGAAGAAAUCAGAUGAGGACCACACUUAUGAGGGUCUUGAAAUUGAUCAAAUGGCAACAUAUGAAGACAUCGGCAUUGCAAGAAAUGAAGCAGCAAAGUGGACAGCUGGAGAGCAUCCGUGUCAAGAAUAGGUCUCUGUGGACACUCAAGGAUACCAUUUUUACAAUGGACUGAAUUUCACUGCCUGUACUUGGAGAUGGGGAAUGACCUCAGUAUGGCAGCUUGGGCAGGCUACAUUGCAUGUUUCAAAGCUGUGUUUUUAUACAUUAUGAAAGGCGCAUUACACUGAAUUUCAUGUGAACUGAGAAAAUUCUCAUUUUAACCAUUACUGAGUGUAUGGAAACUACCACAUAGGAGGAUUAUCUGACAUUACCACUGCUUUUCCUAAUGUUCAUUAAUCACUUGUUCGGCUUACAGUUUUUUCCUCUAUAUUGCUAUCUUACCAUGGGUAGUGGAGAACACUGAAAUCUCCCUCCACUUUGCCACUCCAUGACCAGAAAACUUUAAACUCCCACUUAGAGGUCAGUGAUCCAAACCAGUCAAUAUGUAGAGAUAUUAAAACAACUGUGUAAAAUAGCCAUAUAGCCAACGUCUGAAAAGUAAGCGCUUAUUGUUGAACAGGAAAGCAUCCAUCCCCAGAAAGGCAGUGAAACAUUAUCCUAUACACAAGAUGUAUAACGCAGUUCACAUUUCUUAUUAGAGGGAAUAGGAUGGCAAGGAACAGUUUGUUAUUAAGUGCCAUUCAUAAUCAGAGUAGUUGUGAGAUGAGAACAGGAAAUAUCUAGUAUUUCAGUUGUGUG